GUUCUUAAGCGCUCAAGCACCGACUCGCUUCAAAGGCCAGAUAACGGCCUGUGCGUGCUUUACAACGCGCCCACCGCACCGCUUUGCCUGCCAAAGAAUAUUUUCUUGCCGCGGUCGCGGACUUAUAGUUGACAUCAAAGGGACAGCUCCAUAUUCCUCCUGUUGCGGUGUUUAGGCACCUUCGCACACGCCCGCGAAAGCCCCACACGGGCUUCGUGGCCCGGUUCCGGUCGCUAUGAGCUUCCAGGACCUGGCCAAAAAUGGGGGUCGCGAGCUAUCCAGCUACCAGAAUCAGGCAACAAAAGAGGUCGAGUCUCUGGUCUUCAAGCUCGCAAACAAUGUAGCUCAGCUACGAAAGCUGGUGGACAUCCUCGGGACGGCCAAGGACACCGUCGACCACCGGCACCGCAUCGCUGACGUGAAUGGCUCCAUCCAGCAGCUCGCAAAGGCCAUCAAGGAGAAGCUCACGGCGUUGCACGACGCCGCAGCGGCGGGGCCAGGGGCACCGCCCGGUGCCGGGGGUGCCGGGGGUGACACGCAGCAGCCACAGCAGCAGCAACAGCAGCAGCUCAAGGCGAAGCGGCUGCUGCAAGACUUUGCAAACAUCCUGCAGGACUACAAGACGCUCCAGAGCGAGGCGGCGCGGCGGGAGGCGGCGUCACUGCCGCGCCAGCCGCCCAAGAGGGCGGGGCCGGCGGGGGCCGGGCGAGGCGACGGGCUGCGUGCGCCGCUGCUGGGGCCGGACGGCGGCGUGUCGUCUUCCUCUCGAGGCGGCGGCGGCGGCGGCGGCGGCGGCGGGUCGGGGGCGGCGGCGGAUGACGUGGAGUCGGCGGUGCGGCUGCAGGCACAGAAGCAGGCGGAGGUCGCGGCUCUGGACGACUCGGUGCGCUACCACGAGGCGCUCAUUGAGGAGCGGGACGCCGGCAUCGCGGAGAUACAGCGGCAGAUCGGGGAGGUGAACGAGAUGUUCCAGGACCUGGCGGUGCUCAUCUCGGACCAGGGCGAGCAGCUGCAGACGGUGGACACGGCGAUAUCGGUGGUGGCGGAGCGGGUGGGCGAGGGGCAGCGCGAGCUGGCGGUGGCUAGCCGCAGCAGCCGCUCCGGCCGCAACAAGUGCCUGCUGGUAGCGCUGGUGGCGGCGGCCAUUGUGUCCGUGCUGCUCAUCAUCAUCCUCACGUGAGGGUGAGGGUGGUGUGGGGGAGGAGGAGGAGGGGAGGCGUUGUGGGCGGGGAGGGAAGGGGGAGGGAAAAAGAGGGGAGGGGGAGACGUGGUUGGUGGCGUGGUGGUGUGUGGUGCGCGUGCUGUGCGGUGUGGCUUUACUGGUACACGAGUGGCGGACGUCAAUGGGGGGCUGUGGUGUUGGCAUGGGAGGAGGGGUGUUGCCGUUUGGGGGGCGCUGGGUGUGGCGGCUGGGGAGGGGGGAGGCCGGGAGGGGUGCCAUCGGGGAACUGGGCCGGGCUGCAUGUUAGCGUGCCCUCGACAGGCGUUGCUGCUGGGCAGGGGUAGGGCAGGGGACCAGGGGUGCUUAAGGCGGUUGGCGGUUUGCACAUGGCGGCUGGUUCUCGGCGGUGGGCUGCUGCAGUGCUGCGGAGCAGGACUGGGGCGCUUGUGGCGCGACCGGCGGGUGGCGGCGCACAGCGCUGGGGGCUGGUUGUAGUGCCGGGCGCGGAGGUUUGAAGGCGAGAUGGCGGCGGUGGAGUGUCGGUGCGGGCAGGUGGCUUGGGAGCGGGGGACUGCGGGGACUGUGGCGGUUGGGCCUUGGCUGCCCGCGGCUGCCCAACGGACCGCAGCAGUGGACCGGUCUGGUCCAAGGGGGCGUUGGGCCGCAACGUUGCUGCGCUGCGAGGGGGUCUGUGAGCUCGCAAAACCACUUGCAACGAGGUUAUCGUCGUUCGCGUCC